GGAAAAGUGGUUUGACUGAAAACGAACUAGAAGAUCUGCUUUCGCUCGACGAUGAUGUAUUGAACGAUGUAUAUCAAUACUGGACGCCACCAAUCCGCCGCCUCCCUCCACUGUUAUGGGUACGAAUCCGAGCUGAGCUAUCCGAUUAUCUUGUGGAUCGCGGCGCUGACGGUGUUCGUGUAGUCUACUGGUACCAUAGGCAGUUUAUAGAAGCCGCUAAUGAUAGGUAUAUGUCUGAUACUAACACAACAAUGAAUCUACACAGCAAUAUGGCUGAUUACUUUCUUGGACGAUGGUCGAAAGGUGUGAAAAAACCGUACACAAACAGAAAAGGCGAACACUGUGAAAGCGAUCGACUGGUAGCGGCACAGCCGUUGUUAUUUGAUGCGGGGACUUACAAUUUGCGCAAACUUAGUGAGAUGCCAUAUCACCUACUUAAAUGUGAGCGAUGGGAUACACUCAAGGAAACCGUUCUCUGUAAUCUAGAAUGGUUGUACACAAAAACAAAGGCGACCUCCUUGAAGAACGUUUUAGAGGAUUUCCGAACGACAAGGCUGAAAUACGCCAAUGACAAACAGAUCAAUACAAUAGCCGAAGUGAUACAGUUGUCCCAAGAAGCUCUUCUACAUGACCCUGCCCAGCUAGCGUCGCAACUAGUAGCAAGACUUCCAAAUACGCAAGGUUUGGAAGACAUUCUAGAUCAAGCGAAACGUUCACCAGCAUUGUGCUUUAUGCCGUCCCAUCCAUUCAUGACGCCACCAGGGGGUCAGCUUCUUCACACUUUGUCUGGCCACAGAGAAACGAUCAGCGCAUUCGACGUGUCAUCAGAUGGUUGCCUAGCAUUAACAGGCGAUGAUUUCACAAAUGUGAAACUAUGGGAUGUGGAAAGCGGCUACCUCAUCAAGAGUGUCAUGGAAUACACCAAAAACGAUGGCGGAAGUAUAAAGUGCGUACGGUUUUGUGACAGUGACAGAGUUUUUGCCGUCUCACUUAAUAAUAUCGUUAAAAUAUUCCGCACGGACACUCUCGCUGAAGUACGGAUAAUUGAACCAUACGACGACGACGAGACUUCGGGAGUGCCGUUUGCGAUGGCUGGGAGCUGUAAAGAUAAACUAGUGAUUCCAUGCCACCGAAAAGUAGUGGUUUAUGACAUCACGACAGGGUCGCGCAUUUGUAGGAUAAUAGAUGCAAAAUUGUUAAGGGAAUAUUUCGAAGAAACUCAUAUCGAGGCACGUGGAAAUACCAUAGCAUACUACAAUGAACACGUGGAGAAACACUCCAAUCUCUUGAGAAUUGUUGAUCUCUCUCAAGACACCCCUACCCCGGACACUAUUAAUGUUUACCCCGAUGUAAAGACAUACGAAGAUGGAUAUGAGGAGAUCACGUCAAUCGGUGCACUGGCCCUCACAUGUGACGACGAAGUUAUCGUUUCGAAUAUGAUGGACAAUGAUUUAAAAAUAUAUAAUACCAAAUCCUUGGAAUUGUUGCGAAUUCUAAAAGGAACCAAGAGUGAUUUUAGUCAACACUUUUACAUAACACAGGAUGAUCGAUAUUUGCUAUUUCCCAAUUCCUCUUCGGAUGUAUGUAUUUGGGACCUUCAGACAGAAACGAAGGAAUAUAGACUAAAACAUCCAAACUCGGUGGAGCGUGUUGCUAGUUUGGAUUACAAGCGAGUGGUCACUGUCGGGGGAGAUAAUUUAGUCCGAGUAUGGGACGCAACACGUUCCGAUUCUGUCCAAUAUAUAGUUAAGCGUGAUUGGAAAUUUUACAGAGGUCAACACGAAGAACACAAAUCAUAUACUGUCAGCAAAGCUCAGUCUUCUGCGAAGACACAGAAUGACAAAGAUGAUGACAACACGGAUAGCUUUACUGAUUUGUGGAGUAUUCCCGGUCAGAAGAGAUAUGUUCUGGCGCAAUCGCAACGCAAUAAGCAAUACAGCAUUACCAUCUGGGAUUGCGCCACUACCAAACCAGUUCUGCGAAUACAAUCGCGUGCAGGAGAAGGAAAAGGCGGUGGAUCUAAAUUUCAUCUCACCAUACUCAAUAAUAACGAGGCACUCUGCUUUGUCAACCGCAAACUAAAACUCCUCAAUUAUACAAAUGGGAAAAUCGUCCGAGUAUUCAAAGGACAGCUUGCCUAUAGUGGUUCGAUAUGCAUCGUCAAUAAUCACCGCGAAGUCUUAACCACAACGUCGCACGGAAGAAAUUUAAAAUUAUACGACAUCCAAACUGGCAGUGUUGUAACAAUAUUAAAACAGAGUGACGAGAAGACAAAAGAUUCCAAAUCGGUCAUUGACGUAAAAGUGAAAUCUGACGGGAAAGGAACUGUCGCUGUCUCUGUGUUGGACGAGGAUGAACAGAAAUGUUACGUGUGGGAUAUACCAAAGCGUUCUUUGAAGCACAUUAUGAAAUUACCAGAUACGUAUUCCAAUGAAAAAGGUCAGGUGUUUGACUAUAACAUCGACUUGACAGACAGUGACAUUUCCGCAGAUGAAACUUAUAUUUGCACCAUUCAGUCUUUACACUGCGAGAAAUCUCGGAUUGUAGCGUGGAAUCUUAAAACAGGUGUAUUCCAGUGUACUCUAUGCAAUGACGGUGAGGGCGAGCCGAAUACAGUGAAAAUAAUCGAAUCAAACAAAGUUGUCGUUAGUUACUGGGAUGGUUUGAAGGAAAUCUGGAUAUGGAGUAUAUUGUCAGCGGAGAUAUUGCUGAAAUUUCCCGGUCACCAAAAUUACGAAGUUGAUAAACUUAUAAUAUCCGAAGAUGAGCGUCGGCUCUUGUCCUAUACACCCAGAUCAGAGGAACGGGAGUUUAUAUUAUGGGAUAUACAAACUGGAAAUAAGAUAGCUGGAUUCACACAAGAAGAUAAUGCUGAAAUGGUAUUAGUCUACGGUGGCGACAUGGUGGCGGUUGGAUGCAACAGUAUUGGCGCCAUUGUAACGUUUAAUCUUCAAGGUCCUAAUGUUGAUAAACUUGACACUGGUGGACACAGUUUCUAUAAAGAUGUCGACAAUGUAAUAAUGGUCGAUUUAACAGAGGCUAGUGAUAACAACAUAGAUGUAGAUGAUGUCGACAGUGACGAAGAGUCUGAGCAUGAUGACGACGAAGACACUGAUAACUUCGAUGACCGUGAGAUGAGUGACGAUGAAGAUGACCUGAAUGCAGGUUAUAUUCGUAACGAUCUUGACACUGAUGAUGAGAAAUGACAUCAUUAUUCGAGCUAAUAAACAACCACGGCGAUUACAGCUGUAUUAGGUAAAACUAUUUGAAGGG